AUGGAGGGCGGAGGACAUACGACACCACGAGCACGAAGCAACACCAACGGAGGUGCACCCAAAGAGUUGCCUGCGGCUCAGAAAAAAGAAUUCCUCUAUAAAAUCCUCGUGGUCGGUAACAUGGGUACUGGCAAGACGUCGAUCAUCAAGCGCUACUGCGACAACGAAUUCUCCGACAAUUACAAGAGCACGAUAGGUGUCGACUUUGCGCUCAAGAGCCUCGAAUGGGGCCACAACUCCAUGGUGCACCUCCAGCUGUGGGACAUUGCCGGUCAGGAACGAUACGGCAACCUGACGCGCGUGUACUACCGUGAUGCGGUGGGCGGCUUCGUGGUGCUCGACCUCGGUCGACCGCUCCAGGAAUCGCUGGACAUUGUAAAGAAGUGGAAGGGCGACAUCGACUCCAAGAUUCGAUUGUGGAACGGCGACGCCCUGCCGGUGGUGCUGCUGGCCAACAAGGUGGAUCUCCUCGGCGAUAAGAAGGCCGACGAACGAACGUUGGAGGAGUUUGCGAAGGAGAACGGAUUCAUCGGGUGGUUCGCGACGUCGGCCAAGGAGAACCUGCACGUGGAGAAGGCCAUGACCUUCCUCAUCAACCACAUCAUCCACAACUACCAGAACGGACCACAACCGGAGAACACCGACAGCAUGCACCUCACCCUGGACGAGAAGGAGAUCCGCAAGUACGAAGACGACGGCGGCGGAUGCAGCUGUUAG